AUGACUCCCCUCGAAAAGACACACAAUCAAUCGGCUCCCGAUUGGUCCUCAUCGGGUUUUAUGUCACAACUCUCUGACACGACGUCUGCGAUGGCGAUCGCCUCCCCGCUAGGAUGUAUUCACCAUGGGUCCGAUCAAUUCUUUGGCUCAAGUCCACAAGGUUAUCAGACGCCACAAUGGAGCCCCGACAGUCAAAGGAUGCACCACGGGCCAUUCCCAGAUUUGAUCACGGAGUGGUGUCUUGAGAACAAUCCACUUCUCCACUCGGACCCGUUAAUGUCACAAGCCCGAGGCCCAUCGUCAAACCUUGCCAUCAGCCAGAUGAGCCAUGGCCUCUCGUGGGAUCCCACAAAUUUCAGUCCCGACCCGAACACCGUACCGAUGCACGCCAAUCACAAUAUGGACUAUUCA